CACGAACGCGAACGCUGCUGGACACUGGGAGCACGGUUUCAAUUGUCGUUUCGGUGAUGUUGUUGCUGUUGCUGCUAUGUCUGCAGCCGGAAGGCACCCUAGCGGAAGAGGAGUCACAGGAUUUUCAAAAGAACAUACCUGCACGUUUGGUUUGGGCCGCUGCCGGCAAGACCGUGGAUCUGCCAUGCGAUUUGACGCCGCCCACGCCGCAGGACUCGGUAAAAUUGCUGCUUUGGUUCAAGGACACCACCGGCAUACCGCUGUACAGUCUGGACUCGCGUGGCGGCAAUGUAAAGCUGGCGCCACAUGCGGCAAUAGCUAGCGAUCUGGGUCAGCGUCUGUUCUUUAGCAUUGGGGAUAAUCCCAAGGAUUCGCGCCUGCAGAUUAAGGAUGUUAAGCCCGAGGACGGCGGCGUCUAUCGCUGCCGCAUCGACUUCUUCAACUCGCCCACCCGCAACUUUAGGCAUAAUCUAACGUUAGUUGUGCCGCCCGAGGAGCCCCGCAUCUUUGAUGCACAGGGCAAGGAAAUCUCCCAAAUGGCAGGGCCAUUUCGUGAAGGCUACGAGCUUUUCCUCUGCUGUCAAGUGAGGGGCGGUCGACCACCACCGAAGGUCACUUGGUGGCGUGAUGGCAACGAGCUAAUCGGCACUAGCCACACCUCGGUCGAGGAGGGCGCCACAGUGAUGGUGAAUCAGCUGCUCAUUGGCACCACAACUAGGGAUUACUAUGGAGCGCGCAUUGAGUGCCGGGCGCAGGGUACCCGCUUGCUGGAGCCUGUCAUCAAAGAUGUUACCGUACAGGUGCACUUGAAACCUGUGCGUGUGAAGAUUAUAACGCCCAACGAUCUGCUCACUGCCGGACAUCCGAUUGCCAUACGCUGCGAAUCGUGGGGCUCGUAUCCGGCGGCAAAGAUUGCCUGGCUGCUCGAUGGUGAGCCUAUACGCAACGCUGAGGUUACCGUGCACAAUGACAAGGAGGAUGCCAACAUUACGACCAGCAUACUGACGCUAAAGGUAACAUCCGAGAACGACAAUGCUGAGCUGGCAUGUCGAGCUACGAAUCCAUGGUUCUCCGGCGGCGCCAUCGAGGACAAGCGCAUUAUACGUGUGGCAUAUCCGCCCACCGUGUCGGUGCACUUGGCCAACGAGGAUCCCAGCCGUAUGGUAACACGUGCCGAGGGCCAAAAUGUCACGUUCAAAUGCCGUGCUGAUGCGAGGCCACCUGUCACCAGUUACUCUUGGUUCAAGAACGGCAUGCGUAUGUCAGGAGAGAGCACGGAAAUUCUGCACCUGACGCAGCUGGAGCGGGAGAGUGCCGGUGCAUAUGCCUGCGGGGCCACCAACACGGAGGGGGAGACCCGCAGCUCGAGCCUCACCCUAAAAGUGCAAUUCUCGCCGCGUUGUAAGCCGGGCACAGAGCAGACAUCCAUUGGAGCCAUCAACAUGCACUCGAUACAGGUCAAAUGCGAGGUGGAUGCCGAUCCCCCAGAAUCUGUCCGAUUUAGUUGGACCUAUAACAAUACGCGAAAUGUUUCGCCGGUGCUGAACUCCAGGAUACAAUCGAACGGACUGGCCAGCACGGUGACGUAUCUGCCGCAAACCGACUCCGAGUUAAUAACGCUCGCUUGCUGGGCCAGCAAUACGGUGGGCAGGCAAACGGCACCAUGUCUGGUUCACAUACUGCCAGCAAAUGCACCCGAGGCGCCAAAAGCCUGCGAACUGCGCAACGAUACUGUCCUCGAGGUGGUUUGUGUGGCCGGCAGCGACGGCGGACUCUCGCAGUACUUCAUGCUGGAGGUGGUUGGCGGUGAUUUGCUGUAUGCCAGCGAGUCGGCGGCGGCGGGCAAGGGUCAGUUCGGCGAGACGGUUGGCCAGGGCGACAAUGAGAUAUCCACGCUCAAUGAUCAGGCUACAUCUGCACCCAUCUUUCGCAUACAGGAAAACAGUCCACAAUUUCGUUUGAAUAAUUUAGAGCCGGGACGUGAAUAUCAAUUUUUAGUUUAUGCCGUUAACGCAAAGGGACGCAGCGAGCCGCCGGUGGUGAUUGAACGUGUGCGCGUGGCUGCACAACUGGGACCAUAUGAUGAAUCUAUUCUCUCGGAGGACCCGACGCCCGCGGAAACCACGCAUCAUGUGGGCGGCAGCAGCAGCAGCAGCAGCGCGAAUGGCGUCGGCGCCGGCGCCAGCAUCGGCAGCGGUCCAGAGAAGGAGUCGACGCUCCUUAUACUUGCCACCGUCGUGGCGAUAGGCGCCGUCAUUGUGACGUCAAUUAUCGUGGCCGGCAUUGUUGUUGUGUGUCGGCAUCGGCCGCGGCCACCUGAGCCGCAGGAGGUGCGCAAAAGCAUGCGGCCGGCGCGCAACGAUGUGCCCUCAAUGUACAUUGAGGAGGAUGAGCUAAACGAGUUGGAGGAGGGCGGCGGACGAGCUGCAGAGAUACGUGCUCGAAUCACACCUGCCACAUCUCAUCUGUGCGGCGGUGCUGGAGGCGGCGGCAUCGGACCCAGCGGCGGCAUUGUGGGCGUCGGCGGUCCGCACCAUUACAUCUCCGAGAGCUUCAUACAGUACGCGCAGCCCAGUCUAAACGGCGACGUGCUGCUACCUUUGCUUGUUACUGCCGGCCACCCGACCAGCCGCUACCGCCGAGCAGCCGACCCACUCCACUCUGCCACAAUGUCGGACGUGGUCGUGGCCAUGUGCCACCCGGCUGCUGCAAAACUCUGUGCAACUGCUACCGAUGCGUCCGCCUGGCCGCCCAAAUUGUUAUGAAUUUCAGCAAAACAGAAAAUAA